UAGAAUUAUUCUUACCAUUAUCAACUUCCGGAAAUCGGCAAAAAAGAGAACAAAAUCGUUAAAAAUGCUUAUCAAAGUAAAGACACUUACCGGGAAGGAGAUUGAAAUUGACAUAGAGCCUACUGACAAGGUUGAACGAAUCAAAGAACGAGUUGAGGAGAAAGAGGGAAUUCCUCCUCCACAACAGAGACUCAUUUUUAGUGGAAAACAAAUGAAUGAUGAAAAAACUGCACAGGAUUAUAAAGUGACUGGUGGUUCCGUGUUACAUCUUGUUCUAGCACUGAGAGGAGGUGUAUGAUGCUAGUUUUAUUGUGAACAUUGUAGAUAAAAUUGUUGUUGACUGUAAGCUGCACUCGGAUCACGCAUAAAUUCUGUACCUUCCAUUGCAGUAUAAAGCCUGAAGCAUGUACUUGGUUUAGCUUUUUCUGUAAACACUUGGUCAUAAGUCUACCUAAUUUGCUUUGAAAAACUGCUCUUAAAAUCCAACCGAACUGGUAGUUUUUGCCUAUAUAUAACAUUUGUUCCUGCCAAGUAAAAUAUUACUUUUCUCACUUCUAAAACUGUUCCACCACAUCCUAAUAGAGUCAACUUAUGGCCAGGUAUUUACAAUUUUUCAAAAUUUAAGAAUAACAAAUUUGUUUCAAUCAGCUUUUUAUGUUGGGAAAACAUGGUUACAGUUGAAAUAAUAUACUGAUUUUCUGUUGUUAAGGUGUAAAACAUGGGAAAUUUCCUGGCAUUUUUACUUACAUUGUUAUAAAUACUAUUUGGAAGUAAGAUAAGGAAUGUAGGGGUUUUUUUUACAUGUGAUGGUCUAAAGUUUGUAAUGUAUUAUUCUGAAGGAUCUAUUUUCUGAUUGUUAAAGGUGGUAAAUGAUGAUGUAUAUGUACACAAUCAAAUAUGCAGUGUCUUAUUAUUUAUAACUUCCCAUUAAUUUUUAGACAGCUUGUUUUAAUUAAAUAUUAAUAGACUUUAUGAUAAAAUCUGUAUCUACUUACUCCUUUAAAACGUUCAUACAUAACUGCAAAGUAAUAAAACUGUGCUUGGAGACCAGUUUACAGAUACAGUCUCGUCAUUGAUUGAUUUCAAGACUAUGCACAGUAUUGACCAAUCAGGUAACAGAAAUUUGAGACUAGUCUUCAGAUUCGACUUGACCUAUCUAGUGUUACCUCUUGAAGAAAAUGUUAAUUUAUUUCUACUGAAUAUUGCAUUAUCGUGCAGCAUAUUAUUUAACAUGUGUAUGAAAUACACAAAAUAAUUGGAGAAGUUGUUACCCUACCAGUUUUAUUGCCCCACUAGUGUUGAUGUGAUGGACAAAGCUUGAAAUGAUACACUGGUAAUUUUUAGUGUAAUUUUUGCAUUCAACAGUUUGUUUUGAUUUUGAUAGUAAAUAAUAUUUCUGUGAAGUAAUAAUGAUUCCCCCCCCCCCCCCCCCACUUGUGUUGAAAUAUUCAGGAAACAAUUUUUGUGUUAAUAAGGAUUAAGGGAAGACAAAUUGUUCCACUGAGUAUAAGCUUUGUUUUGAUAUUUGUAAAUUAUUAUUAUGGUAAAUGCUCCAUGUUGUUGUCAUGGUAACAAAUGUUUCCUUGUAUCAUUAUAAUUAAUAUAAUAAAUAAUAAAAAGAUAUAAUAAUAAGAUAGUGAUAAAUUACAACAUUUUGAUGGGAAAAAAACUGUUAUUCUUCUGUCUUUAGGUAGUGACUUAAUCAGCUCUAUGUCAAAUUUUUAAAAAUUAAGGAUAUAUUUUCAUUUGUAAUUGUAGAAGGUUAUUCAGAGAUCAUUUUGGAAUACACAUGUGUGUAAAAUUUGUAGACAAACUCAAAAGCAUGUUGGUUAUACAGUAAGAAUCUGGCAUAGUAAAGCGGGAAUGCUACUGUACGUUAUAUCAUACUUGUAUUAUAUUGACUUAAAUAAGACUGAUUUAUGAAUCUAAAUAAUGCACAGCUUUUUAUGUUUGAAAAUUAUUUUGAGUGAAAAAUUUGAAAUUAGUCUUGAGGACAGUGUAUUUAUUAUGCCCUUCUUCGAAGAAGGAGAGGUAUAUUGUUUUGCAGAUGUCGGUCGGUCGGUCGGAAUGUAGACCAAUCCGUUUCCAGAUGAUAACUCAAGAAUGCUUGGGCCUAGGAUCAUGAAAGUUGAUAGGUAGGUUGGUCAUCACCAGCAGAUGACCCCUAUCGAUUUUGAGGUCUGUUUGUCAAAGGUCAAGGUCACAGUGACCCUGAAUAGUAAAACGGUUUCCGGAUGAUAACUCAAGAACACUUAGGCCUAGGAUCAUGAAAGUUGAUGGGGAGGUUGUUCAUGACCAGCAGAUGACCCCUAUUGAUUUUGAGGUCAGUAUCUUAAAGGUCAAGGUCACAGUGACCCUGAAUAGUGAAACGGUUUCCGGAUGAUAACUCAAGAACGCUUAGGACUAGGGUCACGAAAAUUGAUAGGGAGGUUGGUCAUGACCAGCAGAUGACCCCUUAUUGAUUUUGAGGUCAGUAUAUCAAAGGUCAAGGUCACAGUGACCAGGAACAGUAAAAUGGUUUCCGGGCAAUAAAUCAAGAAGGCUUGGCCUAGUGUCAGGAAAAUUGAUAGUUAGGUUGGCCAUGACCAGCAGAUGACCCCUAUUGAUUUUGAGGUCAUUAGGUCAAAGGUCAAUGUCACAUUAGCCAGGAACAGUUAAACGGUUUCUGAUCUUCUUGUCCAAAACCAUAGGGCCUAGGGCUUUGAUAUUUAGUAUGUAACAAAAUCUAGUGGUCCACUACCAAGGUUGUUCAGAUUAUUUCCCUGGAGUCAAAUAUGGCCCCACCCCGGGGGUCACAUGGUUUAUAUAGACUUAUAUAGGAAUUUUUUUUUUUGAAAAACCUCUUGUCCAUAACCACAGGGCCUAGGGCUUUGAUAUUUUGUAUAUGACAUCAUCUAGUAGUCCUCUACUAAGUUUGUUCAAAUUAUUCCCCUAGGAUCAAAUAUGGCUCCGCCCUGGGGGUCACAUGGUUUACAUAGACUUAUAUAGGGAAAAACUUUGAAAAUCUUCUUGUCCAAAUCACCAUUCAAAAAUGGCUCAGUGGAUGGCGCCAAGAUCACUCUGUAAUCUCUUGUUGGGUUAAAUUAGGUUAAAGGUCAAGGUCAGAUUAAACCAGAAUGGUAGAACUUUUGUUUACAGUGAGCAUAUAAUUUCUGUUCCUUGUGCAAUUACUGAAUGCAUCAAGGGGGGCAUUUCGUGUUCAACGAGCUCUUGUUUUCUAGUUGCCACGAUAGAUUUGAAUUUUUUGUAGGAAGUCACAAACUAAUUGUAAUGUGCAGUCUCAUUAAAUUGAUAUUAAAUGUGUAAAACCGCAGUUUGUCUCUUAUCAAGAUUUCUCUGAUGCUAAGUAGUCUAGUGUCCAUUAAAUUGGAUCUAAAUGGCUAGAUAAAGUAAAAAAACAGCUACUGUGAAAUAACUUGUACUUGGCAACAAAUUUUCAUGAUUGGGUAUAUCCAUGAAAUUAAAGCCCAAUGAAUAAUAAAAUUUCGUUCCCAUUAUAUCUAUGGAAGUUGAAAUCGACAAAUUUAUAUCCCCUGAAAAUAGUUGUUUCUGCAAAGAAAUACUGGUAAUUGAUAUAAUUUACAAUGUUAAAUUCAAAAGCUGAUUUAAAAUUACCAGUAUGUAAUACUUUCAUACAUUCAUUGUCUUGAAUAAAUAUGUUAAAUGCCA